UAAAAAACAGAAAUAGGACAGCUUCAGUUACCGAGGUACACUGACUGGUCUGACUAUCAAGCAUUUUGAAACUGAAGAUAGCAAAAAUCUCAAAACCCCAGUUCUAGAAAAUGAAAGCUCAAGCGCAGUUAGUUCAACAGGGAAGGUUGAGAAAGAUGGGGAGGCUUAAUUAUCUGCCCACUCGACUCCUCCUUCUUCUCCUUCUUUCUAGCUUUGCAACUUCAGAAGCGGCAACAACAAUAAGAGCAGCUCAUAAUGGAAGGCCUGGCUUUCUCUUCACAAGAACCAGAGGAAGAUGCACUCCACAAUUCUGGAGCGUGGGGAGCGAGGCGUGGCCGAGGAUGGUCCCACAGACAUCAACGGUGUCAAAGGUGUUUGGAUCGAGGGCGAGUGAACGGUACAGAUCUGAUCUGACUUUGUUGGAAGCAACGGCGAGGAAUGACGAGGACAACGUUUUCCGUAGGCUACUAAAGCAGGCAAGUGCGGCCCUGCUCAACUCAUAUGCUAGAAAGGGGUUUCCUUACUCAGCUUGGGAGGUUAAGACUUUGGUAAUACAAGCUUUGGUCUCUCAGGAAGCUGCAGCUCUUCAAGCCAAAGGGUUCUCUGUUGCUAAUGAGGCUUGUAACUAGCGGGACAUGAUUCCGUAAUUUUGCUGUGCAAUACAAACCUUUACUUUUAUGUAUGUUUAUGGCCUAGCUAGUGGAAGCAACUGAACAUUUUUGCUACUAGUUGUUCUCAGCACACAUAGGCUUCAAGCUUCAUUAUCGGUAAUGUUAUGAAAAGCCUCUUGCUUUCUUA